AUGGUGCAAUUCUCGAGCAGUCGGAAGAUUCAUAAGUGCUCUGAUGAUUUAUACCGACUGCCCCAACGAGUGGGAGAAUCUCUCCGUGACUUCCUGUCAAGAUUCAACACGGAGAAAGUAUCUAUACCCUAUUGUGACCCAGGAACAACUAUUCAAGCGCUCCGGAGUUGUUUACUCCCAGAUGGGGAGUUUUAUGAAGAACUCACAAAAUGUGAUGUUAGGAGUUAUGAAGAAGCUCUGAUGAAAGCUACUGUAUUUGUUCGCUGGGAGGAGGAUGCGAGGAGAAAGCCAGUUAAUCCUCCUAAAGAAGAGAAACGAGAGGACAAACGUCCUAGGAAAGAUCAAUCCACCUUUGGCGAGCCCAGCAGUAACUGGCGCUCCCGCAAAUCUGGAGCAUCAGAUUAUGCGAAAAACUGUCCCGAGUACCCUCUUAAGAUACACCAAGUCGAGGCUGUACAAGUCUUGAAAAAGAUGGGCAGCGAGGUGAAGUGGCCGCCUAAGAAAGAGACCGAAGGAUGGAAAGACCCCAAGAAGUGGUGUGACUUUCAUCAGGACAUUGGCCACACUACUCCUGAUUGCAGAGGACUUAGAUACGAAGUGGAUUACCUGCUGAAAAGAGGUCACCUCAGAGAGUUACUUUCUGAGCGCGGUAGAGCAAUCUGGGAAAAGAGGAAAGUUGAUGACCCAGAAGCAUUGCCCCCGCCGCCACCAAUUACUCAAAAUUAUUGUGUGAUUUCUGGGGGAUCAGAGAUCAGUGGAUUGUCCCACACCUCUGCCAAGAAGCACGAGAAGGAAGCAGCAAACCCCGCUGCUAGAAUGGCACGUUCCCUUGGAACUUUCACUAAUCAGGUGAUGGUCUUCGCGGAUGAUGAAGCUACCCAACUGUUACACCCGCACCAUGAUGCUUUGGUGCUCACACUUCAGGUUGCAAACAUCAACCUGAAGCGAAUUUUAAUUGACAAUGGGAGUUCCGCCAAUGUGUUGUUCUUGGCUGCCUACAAAGGAAUGGGCCUAGAUGAGACCUUGAUAUUACGGAAGUCAACGGCUCUUAUCGGGUUCAAUGGUGAGGUGAGCCAUUCAGUGGGAGAAGUUGUGUUACCCAUCUAUGCUCCAGGGUUGAACAAGCAGACUCGGUUUUCCAUCGUAGAUUCACCCUCUGCUUAUAAUGCUAUUUUAGGACGACCUUGGUUGCACGCGAUACGGGCCGUACCUUCCACAUAUCAUCAAGUCCUGCGCUAUCCUACCAAUAAUGGCGUUAGGGAGAUUUUGGGAGAUCAACACUCUUCUAGGAGUUGUUAUAAAACCACCAUGAGGAGCAAGGGAGAAUCUUCGUAG